UCCUCCCCCCCCUCGUUCCCCCAAUCCCCCACCUCGUCCCCCGAAGCCGCCAUUGACUCCCCCGAACCCGCCGCCUCAGCCCCCGAAGCCCCCGAAUAGUUCCCCCAAUCCCCCGCCACAGCCUCCGAAGCCGCCUUUGAGUCCCCCGAACCCGCCACCAGCCCCUCCGCUCUUGCCACCUCCCCGCCCUCCCAGUCCACCCCCAGCACCUCCUUCUCCCCCGAUCCUUCCCCCUCCCCCUUCCCCGCCUUUUCCUCCUCCUUCUCCGCCGUUCGUCCUCCCCCCCCCUCCGCCCGAGGCGUCGGGGCUAUCGAUGGGGGCGAUCAUAGGCAUAUCGGUCGGCGGCGCGGUUGGGCUCCUUCUCCUCGUAACCCUCGGCCUCCUCGCCUUCUUCUUCCUCUUGCCCAAAAAGGAGGAGGGCGAACGAAGCCGCACCCGCGGCGGCGGUGGAGGCGGCGCCCCAGGAACCGUGGGAGGCGCGGAAAAGGCGCCGUUCUACGCGCAGCCGCAUCUGGUCCGCGGAGCGCGCGGGCGGCAGGCCGCAGCCGCGGCUGCGGCCGGCGCGGCUGCGGGCGGUGCGGCAGCAGCUGCGGCGGCGGCCUCAGGUGGCGGGCCUGGCGAAGAUGAGGACAGCGAGGAGGGCAAUAACGCGUAUGGCGACGGCGCGCCUGCUGCUGGCGAGGGGGAAGAGGACUUUUACGAAGAUGAUGACGUGGCAGCGGGGGAAGGGGAGGAAGCGGAGGAUCUCUACGAGGGGGGGGAGGACGAGGGGGAGGAGGGCGGGGAGGAGGAAGCGGAAGACGAAGACCUGUACGGAAGCGGCGACGCUGGCGGCGGCGCUGGUCCGGGGGACAGCGCAGGACUGGGCGCAGGCGCAGCACUAGGCGCGGGGAUAGUCGCAGGCGCAGCCGUCGCGGGCGGCGCAGCAGCAGUCGCGGGCGGAGCAGCGGUCGCUCUAGGAGACGAAGACAGGAUGAGCGAGGAGGCGGACGACGAGUGGUGGUUCCCCUAUGAGGAGCUCGACGAGGCCACAGACGGGUUUUCAGAGGAAAACAAGCUCGGUGAAGGGGGGUUCGGGCCGGUUUACAGGGGCGUGCUGGCGGACGGGAUGCCAGUGGCGGUGAAGGUGCUGAAGGUGGGCGGGCACCAGGGGGAGCGGGAGUUCCGCGCGGAGGUGGACAUCAUCAGCCGCGUGCAUCACAAGCACCUCGUCACGCACCUCGGCUACUGCAUUGCUAGCGCGCAGCGGCUGCUGGUGUACGAGCUCGUGCCCAAUGGGUCGCUGGAAGACGCCUUACAUGGCGAGGACCGUCGCCUGCUGGCGUGGAAUUUCCGCAUGAAGAUUGCUCUGGGCGCUGCUAAGGGGCUGGCGUACCUGCAUGAGGAAUGCAACCCGCGCAUCAUCCAUCGCGACAUCAAAUCGUCCAACAUUCUCUUGGAUAAGGAUUAUGAGGCCAAGGUGGCGGACUUUGGUGCUGCCAGGCUGGCAGCAGAGGAUGCGAUGCCAAUCAUCACGCGUGUGGUCGGCACUUUUGGGUACUUGGCACCAGAGUAUGCGCUCACAGGCAAGCUCACAGAGAAGUCGGACGUGUUUUCGUUUGGAGUGGUGCUGCUGGAGCUUAUAACGGGGAAGAGGCCAGUGGAGCAGGAGAAGCCGCAGGGCAGCGACAGUCUUGUGGAGUGGGCGCGCCCCUUGCUAGCCGAGCGUGCAAUGGAGGACCUGGCAGACCCCGAGCUGGACGGGUGCUACGGGCAGCGCAAGAUGGAGCGGCUGGUUACCGCUGCGGCACUCUGUGUGCGGCAGUCCGCCGUGCUGAGGCCCAGGAUGAGCCAGGUGGUGGCGAUGAUCGAGGGCCGGGCGGACACAGAGAUCGAGGCAACGGAUGAUGAGUCGGCGGUCGGGCGGAGGGAGAGCGCGGAGUACUCUGGAGGCGAGACGGGGGGGCGGGAUGACAUGUACCCCGAAGAGAUAGUGCAGCAGUACCCCCAUAGUGCUGAGAGCAGGGGCAGCGCCGGGGGCAAGGGCAGGAAGGGGCGCAUGGCCGCGCUAGCAGCGGCAGCAGCAGAGCUGACACCAGGCCACACCUUCACCUCGGGUGUAUCUGCCACCAGCACAGACCCCCUCAUAGGCAACACCUCCCCCUCCUCCCAGGGCCAGAUGCAGCCUCCCCCUGAUGCACCUCCCCUGCAGGCGGGGCCCACUGGGCCCAUGCCUCUGCCGCUGCCGCCCGGAUUACGGAAGAACGGCGGCGAUGGUAACGGUCGUGGUGGUGGUGGCGGUGGUGGUGGGUGGAGGGGGAGGUGAGGAGGGGUUUCAGAGGAAAUAUACCGUUGUGGUUAUGGAUAAACGGAAAUCUGAUCACCUGAUUAUUACUCACAACUGGAAGGUUCCAUGCCUAGCUUUAGAUGAGAGCUGUCGAAUGGGAACUAGUUAUUUAUGCCUAAUGCAGGUGUUUUGGUGUGUAGUAAGCUUCUUGUCGUUGUACUGAAUGCUUAGCUUCUAUGUAAGGGGCUCAAUCACCUAGGCUGGAUUGUUAUGCUUAUGUUCUUGAAGAUAAGGUGGAGUAAACUGUUGCU